CGCGUGCGGCGUUGCAGCUGUCCAUAGAAAAAAGUGCCAUGAAGUUACGGUGAAACUGUCCUCUACUCAUUUUUCGAAGGUGAAGCUGUCCCUUUCUCUUUCUCUUUGACACUUGGUUUCCUCCUGUUGCUCCGAGAAUAUCAAGACCUCCCAAUCUCGUCAACCGGCCCCUUCCCCUCCUCUCAUUGACUCCUCACCGCCGCAACCAUGGCCGAACUGUACCCCGACCUUAAGGACCGACCUGUCAAGGAGACCGUCUGCCUCUUCGACGUCGAUGGCACUCUCACACCUGCGAGACAGUCUGUGUCUGCUGAGAUGCUGAAAACCUUGUCCAACCUGAGACACAAGUGCGCAAUUGGCUUCGUUGGAGGUUCAGACCUCGCUAAACAGCAGGAGCAGUUGGGCACUCCGUCUCUUCCUGUCACCACCCUCUUUGACUUCUGCUUCGCCGAGAAUGGCCUCACAGCCUAUCGCCUGGGCAAGCCGUUGGCCUCUCACUCCUUCAUCCAGUGGCUUGGAGAAGAGAAAUACCAAAAGCUGGCCAAAUUCUGUCUGAGAUACCUCUCCGAGCUUGAGGAUCUCCCUCGCAUGCGUGGAACCUUCAUCGAAUUCCGAAAUGGCAUGAUCAACGUCAGCCCGGUUGGUCGUAAUGCCAGCAAGGCAGAAAGAGACGAGUUUGAGGCGUGGGACAAAAAGAGCAAAUGCAGACCUCAGAUGAUUGAGGCGAUUCAGAAGGAAUUCCCCGAUUUGGGACUCACAUACUCGAUCGGCGGCCAAAUCUCCUUCGAUGUCUUCCCCACAGGAUGGGACAAGACUUACUGCCUGCAACAUAUCGAGGCUGAAGCAGAUUCCAGCAAGGGUCUGUCUGGCAUCCACUACAAGAACAUCCAUUUCUUCGGAGACAAGGCCUUCAAGGGAGGCAACGACUGGGAAAUCUACAGCGACCCUCGAACCAUUGGUCAUUCUGUGAAGGGGCCGGAGGAUACCAUCGCCCAGCUCAAGGAGAUCUUUGACGUCUGACUGGCAGCGCGCCUCUGAUAAGCAAGACGAGGAUUCCCUCUUCUCGCCCAGCACUCGGCUUUUGUGUGUUUUGACUCGGAUCAUACACUUUCUUUAGGGAUUGGGAGCGACGACACAGAGAGCAUCCAGGGUUAGAAAGAUUCCAUGGAUCAAAAAUGGAUUGAAUCAACAGACAUAGAGGGAUAGACCAAAUGGUUUCACGCCGUAAGUGGAUGGCUUGAGAUAAGAUCGAAGGGAUCGAAAGAUCGAUUUCACCAAUUGAGUCUUGAGGUGAUUUUUCUUCGUGGUCCAACUUUUGCUUGAGCACUGCCUGGAGAGCUGAUGAGAGUCCUCCCUGUCACUCACGCCCUCUCCCACACACACUUUUCUCACAGCACACGGCGUGAAUCAUUUGAUCCUUCUCCCUAGUCCCACGACGCUCAUCGUUCUGGGGCACCACUAAUCCGUUGUUGAAUGUCCCUUGGUCCCUUCAAAACUCAGACGCCUCGCUCUUCGGCACUACAUUACAUCCACCAUCGCCACCUCGGUCGUCCGUGUAUAUGCGUCACGCUAUUCGAACGAGCUUCAACGCCAUUCCACGUUGGGCUCAUUGCUCUCCCA